AAAAGAUAUGUCUAUUAUAAUCUAAUAAGGAUGACCUAAUGUACAUGACUCUCACCAAUGGGACAUGAAGAGAUUUAGCAGAUGACACGAUAUUAAUUUUUAUUAAAAUUUAUAUGAGAACACUCAUAAUUUAUAUCCGAUGAAAGACACUUCCCAUUGCACCUGCAAUACAUAAUUUCAUGCCAUUUGGGCUUUAGAACUAUAAUAAUUAUAAAAUGCUCAAACUUUAAUAUUUUUAUCCCAAAAAAACAUUUCUUUCUCUCAUGUUUUCAUACAUACGGAAAAAAGAAAACUAACCAAACAGUAAAUACAUUAAUCAAUAUGAAAAUACAUGAACAAUUAUGAGAGAGGGGGAAAAAAGACUUGGGCAAAAAAAAACAAAUACAUAGAUAAAAUACAUGAAUAAACACUAUAGAUAAGAGGAAAAUAUCUCAUUUUAAGAAGAUUCGUAUAUACACUAACACACGUUUAAAUAAGAUAAGAGGAAAGCAAAAGUUCAUAACAACCUAAACAGAUAGACGCUUUGUUCCCUCUUCCAUCCUCCUGCUGCUUCCCAUGGCGUUCCGAUCCGUGUUCGACGGCGGAGCCCUGCGGACGGAAUUCGAGAGCGCCGGCAUCAGCCCCCACUUCGUCCCCCUCAUCUGGAAGUACGUCCUCCACAACCCUGGCUGCGAUCUAAGCGGCGUGCCCUCGCUUCCUUCGGCGGCGUACCCUCUACUCAGCUCCAAGUUCCGGCCACUCACCUCCUUUCUCUCCUCCGCCCUCGACUCCAACGACCGACUCACAACCAAGCUCCUCAUCCGUCUACAGAAUGGCAACUCUGUGGAGGCUGUAAUUAUGAGAUAUGACACACGACAAGGAAAAUAUGAUGGAAAACCUCGUUCUGGGGGUCCUAGAUCAACCUUGUGUGUCUCAUCCCAGGUGGGCUGCAAAAUGGGUUGUAAAUUCUGUGCUACUGGGACAAUGGGUUUUAAGAACAAUCUUUCAUCAGGAGAGAUUGUGGAACAAUUGGUGCAUGCAUCUCGCAUCACACAUAUACGGAAUGUUGUUUUCAUGGGCAUGGGGGAACCAUUAAACAACUAUGCAGCUUUAGUGGAAGCCAUCCAGAUCAUGACAGGAUUUCCAUUUCAGCUAUCACCUAAAAAAAUUACUGUAUCAACUGUUGGGAUAAUUCAUGCCAUCAACAAGCUGCCUAUUGACCUUCCAACUGUGAAUCUAGCUGUGUCAUUGCAUGCACCAGAUCAGGAUAUUCGUUGCCAGAUAAUGCCAGCAGCACGAGCUUUUCCUUUGGGAAAACUUAUGGAUGCAUUACAGACCUAUCAAAAAAACACUCAGCAGAAAGUCUUUGUAGAGUACAUCAUGCUUGAUGGGGUCAAUGAUCACGAGCAGCAUGCUCACCAACUGGGCAAAUUACUAGUAACAUUUAAAGUGGUGGUAAACUUGAUACCUUUCAAUCCGAUUGGUAAUUCGAGUUGUUUCAGGACUAGCAGUGAAGAGAAUGUGAGAACAUUCCAAAAAGUUCUUAGAGGUGUAUACAAUAUCCGGACAACAAUUCGUCAAGAGAUGGGCCAAGACAUCAGUGGUGCCUGUGGGCAGCUGGUGGUGAAUCUUGCAGAACAAAGAUCAGCUGGUGGUGCAAGUAUCUUGAAGGACAUCGAGGAUCUCCAUAUCUGAUAUCAAUGAUCUUCACAAGUAACUAGUCCUCCUCCUUCAUGGUAGCGCUAUGUUUUCCAAGCUUUCUCCGGUUCUGCCAUCAAAUCAAAUAUCCAAGUCCUUUUUAUGGUUCUGCCUGCGCAUGAGAUGGUUUUUGAGUUUGUUCAGUAUGAUUGGCGCAACUAUUAUGUAAAUGCUACCAAUCAGACAUUUCACAAUUCAAGUGCCUCCAAAAACACUUGAACACAGACCUAAUUUUCUUAGGGAUCAAGUUUUUUCAUGAAUUAACUUGCUAAAUCACUAUAACAAAGGGUUUUUGCACUAAUGUAAAUAAUGCAUUGUUUGGAAACGAAGGUUUUUUGUUCUUUCCUGGUUCAGCAA